CUAAAUUGGAAUACGUUUGAGAGAUAGUUGAACAUUUGACCAUGAUGUCCAAUUCCCCAACCACGGGAUUUGCGCUCCUUUUAGUUACUGGAUAUAUUGGAACCGUACUAGCGGCGCCGCCGACGGUGAACGACCUGCCUCGCAACAUUUACGUCGGCAAUCUGGAGACCCAGGAGCGGUACCUGUACACUCUCAACGUAACCGACCCCGACGCGGACGCCUUCGCCUGUUCCCACACCAUCACGUAUAACGACUCCAUCAGCACAAACAGAGAGUUUGUUCUGCGAGAGGAUACCACUACCAAAGAAUGGAAGUUUUAUAUUCGGGCGGGCGCUCUGCCAAGCCCAGACAACACAAAACCCUACAUCAACACCAUAGAAUGCACGGACUCGAACUCCGGUAGUAGUGGAAGGUACAACAUUACCGUCCGUGCGGUGCAUGACGAGUUACUUACCCUGCCGAACAUUGCUGGUACUGCAAACGCCUUAAAGAUCGACGCCAUUUCAACGCUAAAAGGCAAAACGCUCAAGACGGCGAGCGCAAACAGUCGUGGGGGAAAUUUAGUGGAAUAUAGCCUUGUCAGCGAUCCCUCCUUUUCACCAGAAUUCUUCACAAUCGAUUCAAGUAAUGGGGUCAUCAAGGCCAACAGGGACUUCAAGUAUCUGGACUCGAGAUACCCCACAGUUUACCUGACGAUCAAGGCACACGACACUGUGGACUCAAUAGACGUCUACGAAACACAGAUCGUCCAACUCACAAACCAGAACACCGUGCCUCGGAUCGUCAACCUUGAUCCUGGCCUGGCGGACUCCCAGCUCGAGUCGCUGGCCCUAGGGUCCGUCCUAAUGACCUUGACAACCGAGGACCCGGACGCUUCGACGACUCUCACAUACGCCUUCUCCUGUGUACCUCCAGACGGCAAGAACACGUUCACCAUCGACACCAACGGCAACGUGAAGCUCGCUCAGGCGCUAGAUUACGAGACCGUGAAGACGUACACGUGUGGGUUUAACGUCAGCGACGGCACGGCCACGGGAGGUCCGUUCAUGUACACGUUGACGGUGCAGGACGCCAAUGAGGCCCCCUACUUCUCUGACACCAUGUACUACGCGACGACGUCGGAAGGCGCCGCCGGAAGUGUGUCCUUUGACCCGAGUUUCUCGUGCUCAGACCAGGACGUUACGGAUGUAUCGAAACUGACGUACGCGUUCAAGGCAGCGAAUAACAGCAACAGGUUUGCCAUCAACACCGCCGGUGUCAUGACGUUUAAGGAAAACUAUGACGUCGAUAAAAACGCUAUGCCUUCAAGCGUCGUGUUGACGGUGUUCUGCGUCGACGCAGGAGGAACCACUGGCGUCAAGAAAACCGGGUCUACACAGGUCACCAUCACGAUUGCAGUUCCCUGCUAGUGACGGACGCGGAUAGCGGAACCAAUGCGGACGUGUCCUGUUCCGGCGCAUCCGGUUCGUCCUCAUCCGCCUACUACACAAUCGGCGCGGACUGCAACAUCUACUUGUCAAAGUCGCCAGACUUCGCAACCGGAACCAC